UUAGCAUCUGAUGACCAGGGAACGUUUUGCAGAUGGAAAUAGGCACUGGCGAACGGCAGUCCCGGAAUGUUUACACAGGUUCGAGCAGUGUGGGGCCGGCCGGGGUGGCCGCACCCGCCCAGCGAGCCAAUGAGGAGCGGCCGCGCGUGGGGGGAAGAGCGGGCACACGUGUAGGGCGGAGGUGUGGGGUGAGAUGGUGAGGCCUGGCUAUUUGCGGGUGCCGUUACCCCGCUGGGAGCGGAUGUUUCGGUUCGUGGUGUGUACCGCCGGCAUCCUGCUCUCCCUCUACGCCUUCUACCUGGAGCGCGAGAAGGCCCGCGACAUCCACUACCAGGCCCUGUGCGACCUCAGCGAGCAGCUCCGCUGCUCCGCCGCCCUCACCUCCAGAUGGGGUCGAGGACUUGGUCUGGUGGAUUUCAUCUUUGGAAAGGACAGUGCAAUAAAUAAGUCAAACAGUGUUUUUGGACUAGUGUUUUAUAUACUACAAAUGCUACUUGGUAUCACAGCAAGUGCAAUAGCAAGUCUAAUCCUGAUUAUGUCCUCCAUAGUGUCUCUAGCAGCAUCAUUGCACUUGGCAUGCAUUCUGCACUUCAUUUUGAAGGAGUUUUGCAUUUUGCACGUCAUUGCAUAUUUGCUGAACUUGAUUCUCUUCAUCAUCAACUACAAACGACUAAUUUAUUUGGUUGAGGCCUGGGAUCAGCUACUCCAACCUAAACAGGAAUAAUACCUGUUUGAAGUUUUGAUCUACACGAUGGAAAAAGUAACCUCUAAAGAGAACGCAGAGUUGCUGCACUCACUGCUAGUGUUUUCACAAAAAAUGAUGGUUGGGGUUUGUUCCUUUUUUUUUCUUUGUCUUUAGUAACAAAAAUGGAAUUAAAGCUGAAACCCGAAGUAUGUUCAUUAAACCACUUUUUUA